CCGUGACAGCGAAACGAGUAGGUCAAGCACCGAAGUCUUCUAUUAAUUUCCCACCAUGGAUUCUUAAUCGAGUGUGACGACUUUUCCCUUGACGAGAAAAAAAUACAACUUUUCUACACUCUCUUCAGACCAUAAAUUUUCUUGCAUUCUCAUAAACUCAAAUAUUUAAGCCAAAGCCAAAGCCAAAAAAAAAAAAAUAUACAGAGCGAUGUUCGUGAAGCUCGUCAACGUCGUCUUCUAUUUGAGCAUGAUCAAUCAAUUCCUACAAUCGUCUUCCCAAAUUCUCAACUUCACUUACAAUGGAUUCCAUCGUCCACUGAGUGCCAUAUCCCUCCAAGGGAUCGCCACCGUCACACCCACCGGUCUCUUAAAGCUAACCGACACAACCGUGCAACAAACCGGUCACGCCUUCUAUACCCUACCAAUCCGGUUCAAAGAUUCUCCAAACGGCACUGUCUCGUCCUUCUCCACCACUUUUGUCUUCGCUGUGCACUCUCAGAUCCCGAUACUUAAAGGCCACGGCAUGGCUUUUGUCGUCGCUCCGAACACAAGCCUCCCCUUCUCGAGUACCAGCCAAUACCUCGGUCUCUUCAACAUCACAAACAACGGUAAUGACACAAAUCAUGUGUUCGCUGUCGAAUUUGACACGAUUAUGAGUCCCGAGUUUAAUGAUACGGACGAUAAUCAUGUCGGAAUCGAUAUCAAUAGCUUGACGUCAGUGAAAAGUUCGACGGCUGGUUACUGGGAUGAAAACGAUCAGUUUAAGAAUCUGUCUUUGAUCACUGGUAAGCCGAUGCAGGUUUGGGUCGAUUAUGAUGGCCUUACACGUCAAGUCGAUGUAACGAUGGCUCCAUUCAGCGAGAAUAAACCUAGAAACCCACUUCUUUCUGUUGUCAGAGAUCUAUCUUCGGUUCUAUUGCAAGAUAUGUUCCUAGGUUUCUCGUCUGCGACUGGUUCUACUAUGUCGGAACAUUAUGUUCUCGGGUGGAGUUUCCAGAUGAAGGGGAAUGCUCCGCCGUUGGCCUUAUCGAAACUUCCGACACUUCCGAGGUUUGACUCGUUUGAGGCCAAGAGUACCAACCGCUUCUUAUUUAUUUUGACGGAGGUGAUGGCAAAGUUGUUGAUUCCGGUCUUGUUUAUCUUCUCGCUCAUCUUCCUCGUGCGCUUCAUCGUGAAAAGGAGGAGAAAGUUCGCGGAAGAACUCGAAGAUUGGGAAACAGAGUUCAAGAAGAACCGGUUGAAGUUCAAGGACUUGUACCGUGCCACCAAAGGGUUCAAGAAGAAGGACAUUCUCGGAUCAGGCGGGUUUGGGAGCGUUUACAGAGGUGUCAUGCUCAAGACGAACAAGGAAAUUGCUGUGAAAAGAGUCUCGAACGAAUCCCGACAAGGGCUUAAAGAGUUUGUGUCUGAGAUCAUAAGUAUUGGUCGGAUGAGUCACCGAAACAUAGUCCCUCUCUUGGGUUAUUGCCGCAGGAGAGACGAGCUUCUUCUGGUGUACGACUACAUGCCCAAUGGAAGCUUAGACAAGUACUUGUACAACAGUCCGGAGUUAACCCUCGACUGGAAACAGAGGAUCAGAGUCAUUAAAGGCGUGGCCUCUGCCUUAUUCUUCCUUCACGAAGACUGGGAACAAGUGGUGAUUCACCGCGACAUCAAAGCCAGCAACGUCUUGUUAGACGCGGAGCUCAACGGGAGACUCGGGGAUUUCGGUUUAGCUAGGUUGUGUGGUCACGGGUCGGAUCCUCAAACCACGCACGUCGCUGGAACAUGGGGAUACCUAGCUCCCGACCACAUCAGAACAGGAAAGGCCACGACCGCUACUGAUGUUUUUGCGUUUGGGGUGCUUCUACUAGAAGUUGCGUGCGGUAGACGUCCCAUCGAGAUUCAGAACACUGAGAGGGUCUUGCUCGUGGAUUGGGUUUAUGGGUUUUGGACCGAGGGAAACAUCUUGGAUGCUAAGGAUCCGAAUCUUGGGACAGAGUAUGACCAAAGAGAGGUCGAAAUGGUCUUGAAGCUAGGUUUGCUCUGCUCUCACUCCGAACCACAUGCUAGACCAACGAUGAGGCAAGUGCUACAUUAUCUAAGCGGAGAUGCAGUGCUACCAGAUUUUUCGCCGUUGGACUUGCGUGCGGGAGGGAUGAUGUUGGGAAUCCACAACGGAUUUAGUGAGUUAGGCACGUUUACCUGUGGAUCUUCCAUUGUUGAUUCUAUACUCUCCGGCGGGAGAUGAUAGUUGAAUGUCAUAUCGUGUGUCUUACAUUUCAUGUGUAGAAAAAUAUUAUUCCACACGACAUCUGGGACCAUGUCUGUAUAUUUAGGUGUGUAUUUUGUUGACUCGAAAUAAUUGAAACUUUUGUGAACGUA